AUGGGUCCCGAUUCUGGUACUAUUCAGCCGCUUUGCACGCAUUGCUCCAAGAUAUUCCCACUUGAGACGCACACGCACUUCACGAAAAUCGAACACUAUGCCACUGCCGGCGAACUCAUCAGAGAGGCAGCGAGCACCUCAUGUGCCCUUUGUGCCGCCAUCCAGCAAUACUGGCCGCUCGACGAAGUGCGGCAGCGGUUCCAGCAGGACCCCGAAGGUGUGAUCCUUGGGCAGACUGAGCUGCAGUUCAGUGUCGACGGCGGAUCUCGCUUCCAUGAUGAUGCCUGCGAGACUCGGAGCGGAGAAGCCCCAGAUCAGAUUGACUGGAUACUGCUAAGCGGUGAACUGUCCUCGGAUCGUCAUCAAGUAUUUCACAGCAUGGUGCUGGUCAUCGCGACACGCGAUCCGAGAAAAAUCCGGUAUAUCUGGAUAGACAGCCUGUGCAUCAUUCAGGACGACCGAGAGGAGUGGCGAGUCGAAGCCACACGUAUGAAAGACGUAUAUGCCAGUGCCUGGCUCACAAUCGCAGCAUCUAGCGCAUCGGACAGCUCCGAAGGAUGCUUUACUGCUCAUAAUGUGGCAGAGUUCAAGGACACCGACACGUAUUUGCAACAGGUGACCCAAUUUUGGGCAGCCAAGUCGGGCUCAACAGUCGCCGGAGCCAGCACCUGCCAUCCUGUUCCGAAUCCUGAUACUCCGACGCAAGAGCAUUUUGCUAUCCGAGUCUACCCGCGUAAGCUCGGUCUCCGCACGUCUUUGUCGAAGUUAGGCGCACGCGGGUGGACGCUGCAAGAACACGUGCUAUCUCGUCGGAUCGUGCAUUGCACCUAUCCCGAGCUGCACUGGCAAUGCCAGAGUAUCUACACAGCCGAGGCCGGUAUAAGCAUCUUACCGUCCUCGCCGGACCUCGAGUGUAUCAAGACAGCCGCCCAGGUCGCAACCACAGUGGAAGAUCAACCGCAGCAAGAUCAAUCGCGGCUGCACGGUACCUACCAGGCCUGGUGCCGCUGGAUGGAGGAAUACUCGAGCCGCCACUUCACCGUCCCUUCUGACCGACUAGCAGCCCUUGCAGGGAUGGUGCAGUGGGUUGCAGAGACUACAGGCUAUAAGCAUAUCCUGGGAAGCUGGGAGGAGACGAUAUGCGAAGAUCUCAUCUGGUUCGGUGAUCCUCCACAUGGUCACAGCGAGAGGGAGGCUGUCCUGCGUGACAUGCCAUCCUGGUCUUGGCUAUCCCGAAGCAGAAACGUCGUAGUAGGGUACCAAUCCUGGAUUUCCUUGUCGACAUUGCAGCAGGUCCAGAGACACGCCCGUCUCAUCGACACAAACAUCAUCUGGGGAGGCCUACCUCUUGUCUCCAGCUUACUUUGCGCAGAACUGCAACUACGAGGUCCUCUGAAGCGGAUGCGGCUCACGACGGUGCCGGAGGCCCGGGUCUUCAACCCUCCAUAUCUCAACGUCAAUGAGGACAUACGGAGGCGGACCGGGGCCGAACCUAUUCCCUGGGAAUGCGCGGGUGGUCUUGAUUAUCAGGCGCGCGACGAUGAGGUUGAUUAUCUCGACGGUAAUUAUGACUGUUUCCAUCUGUUAACCGCCAAAAUGGCCCACAGGACUGUGGAGUUCUUCCUCGUCCUAGAGCCUGUUCUCCGCACUCGGAACAGCCCGGGUUCUGAGGCCCACGUCUCUGAACAGCCUACGACAGAUAUGCCCAUCCGCACUUUCGCCAGGAUUGGGCUUGCGCGCUUCAUGACCUCGGCUGCGGCUCCUUCACACUUUGCCGACGCAGAAGACACUAUCAUCAGACUGAUCUGA